GAUGCAUAAUAAUUAAUCAGUUAAAGAAAAGUGGGAGGGGGAAAAAAAACACGCGCACACACCCACACAGUUAACAGUUAAUCUUUUCUUUGGUCUCUGCUACCGCCGAAGGAUUGGAGCUCAUUAUUCAAAAAACAUGAAUAUUUUGGAUAAAAUCCCAAUCAUGCAUCUUCAUCUCCCUCCUCCCCCAUCAUCAUCAUCAACCCCAAAAUCCCCACUCUCUCUCAAAUCAUCAAGAAGAAGACCCAACACUAAAACCCAUAAACCCCAACACCCAUCAUCAUCAUCAUCAUCAUCAUCAUCAUCACCAAAUCCGUACCCAAAAUCAACCCCGACCCCUCUCCUCACAUACCCACCCCCUUCUUCCCUCUCCAAGCCCCAAGCCCUCCUCCAAAUCCUGCACCAAAUCCAUUCCUCCAUCGAAAACGGCAUCCCCGUCGACGACCCCUCCAUCUUCUCCUCCCUUCUAGAAUCCUGCUUCCGACUCAGCACCCCCUUCCGCCACGUGGCACUCCUCCGCCAGCUCAUCCCCCCUUCCCUCCUCCGCUCCAACGCCGGCCUCUCCUCCAAGCUCCUCCGGCUGUACGCUGUGGCAGGCCGCAUCGAAGAUGCCCACCAACUGUUCGAUGAAAUGCCCGACAGAAACAAAGCUAGUGCAUUUGUUUGGAAUUCACUCAUCUCUGGUUAUGUUGAGCGCGGGCUAUUUGAGGAUGCAAUGGCGGUUUAUUACCAAAUGGAGGAAGAGGGGAUCGAGCCCGACGGGUUCACUUUUCCUCGGGUGUUGAAGGCGUGUGCUGGAAUUGGCUCGGUGCAAAUUGGCGAGGGUGUUCAUCGUCACAUUGUUCGAUGUGGAUUUGGGAAUGAUGUAUUUGUUCUCAAUGCGCUUGUUGAUAUGUAUGCUAAGUGUGGUGAUAUAAUGAGGGCUUGCCGCAUUUUUGAGCGGAUUACAGAUCGCGAUUCUGUUACUUGGAAUUCGAUGCUUGUUGGCUAUAUAAGACACGGGCUUGUUUUUGAAGCAUUGGAUACUUUUAGAGGAAUGAUAAGCACAGGGCUUGAUCCUGAUUCGAUCGCUUUGUCUGCAAUUCUGGUCAAGUUAUCGUCAAUUGAGAAGUUUGGGCUAGAAAUUCAUUGUUGGGUUUUAAGGAGAGCUCUCGACCAGAAUCUUUCAGUUGUAAAUGCUUUGAUAGGUUUCUAUUCUGAACGAAACCAAUUAAAUCGUGCUAUGAUGAUUUUUGAGGGGAUAAGAGAAAAGGAUCUCGUCUCGUGGAAUGCAAUCAUUUCAGCUCAUUGUCAAGAUUCAAAGGUUUUAGCUUUGUUUCAGCAAAUGGAAGAGUGUGGCCAGUUACCGGAUAAAGUCACAUUUGUAUCUGUGUUAUCAGCUUGUGCAAAUUUGAGGAUGGUUGAGGAUGGUCGAAGAUUAUUUUCCAAAAUGGUGGGAGAAUACAAAAUUAAGCCUGAAAUGGUGCAUUAUGGGUGCAUUGUGAAUUUACUUGGAAGAGCAGGGCUCAUUGAGGAGGCUUAUGAGAUUAUUUCAAAGAGGAUGCCAUUUAAUGCUGGGCCAACUGUUUGGGGGGCUUUGCUAUUUACGUGCUCUAUGCAUGGGAAUGUUGAUAUUGGGGAAAUUGCAGCUGAGCGGUUAUUUGAAUUGGAGCCUGAUAAUGAGCAUAAUUUUGAGAUUAUGAUGAAGAUAUACAGGAGUUCAGGAAGGUGGGUUGGAGUUGAAAGGAUAAGGAAGUUGAUGAAUGAACGAGGUUUGGAAUCAAAUUCUUGUGCGUAAUAGCAGUGUGGAUCUAUAGAUUUUAUACAUUCGAUACCCUUCUAUCCUUGUAUUCUAUUGUGGUGUAUUUAAGUUGUUAAAAAGAAAUUCCUAAAGUAUUAUUGCUUCUUCAGACCAAAGAAUGAAUACCAAACCUGUCUCAGAUAGAUUGUAGAUACAGCCCCAUUUUGAGUCUGAUGCGAACUCAUAUUAGGAAGGACUUUGCAUAGUCUCAAAUGUACUGAGUAUUGAGGGAGAAAAGAUACCUGUAAGAAAUUAGGCUUCGUCUGGAGGUUUUAAUCAAAUAAGGGGUAAAUGAAGCCCUAGACUCGUGCAGCGUACCGCAUUUAACUGAGGAACUGAUUAUUUGAGAAAAGGGUAUUUAUCUUGUAUUAAGUUUGCUCAGGAAGUUGUAGUCUUGUUCAUUAAUCUGAUACAGGAGAAAGGUAACCUCAUAGAUGCAUCCACCUUAGCAUGUCCCGGUUUUCUGUUACAAUUGCGGCUUGUGGCUCAAGCAUCCAACAUUAAAGGUGGUGCCAAAGCCAAAGCCAUACUAAAUCUUGGUACAGUUUUCCUAUAAAAUGGUCUCAACUCUGAGAAAAUUUAUAGGCCAACCAAAGAAGAAGGAGAAGACUAAUACUUUGGGGGACCUUCUGGUAAGACGAGAAAAACUUCCUGGUGGCAGCUUGUUUUUUUGCUUAGUGUACUUGUCGGAGAGCGUACCUUGAGUACCAUCUUGUCAAGCACCCAAAUUGUUUCAGGAUGCAAUCGAGAAUUAAAUUUCUACAAUCGAAAUUAAGCAGAAUGGCAGGACAGGUUUGGUACUAGGAAACCAUACUCUCCAACAAUUCUUUACAUUUGUGCAUGCUCUUAUGAUCUCUCAACCAUCAGCCAAAGUGCGUGUAAUCAAGCAAUUCAUCAAAAAAAUUCUGAAGGUAGAGAUUUGACGCUGGCAAAUGCUUUCUAUUAAGGGAAGUUUUAAGGGAUGAUAAGACGAAAGCAUAUAACAAAAAGGUUAUGAAGAUGAAGGCUGCAUCCCUUGUCUGCAGCCACAAAUGUGAAGGCAGUAGUGAGUGAGAGGGGGAUAGAGGAAGAGGCGGUUUUAGAAGAUAUCAAUAUUAACUCAAAACUUUCUACUUUAUUUAUACAAGUGCAAUUCAUGUUUUGUUUUAAUUUGUUCUAUCUGUUUUUGUUCGUCAGACAAAUCUUUUUUAUGCUUG